AUGUUCCUCCAACGUCGUCGUUUGUCCAGUGUAACCAAAAAUGAUCCGAAACGAUGGUUCGAAGUCGUCUUCAAAGAUGGUAAGAGAUACUAUAAAGAAAAUUGAGGUGAUCUUUGUACCCUGAAAAAUAAAAAAAACGUUUUUUCUCCGUCGUCUCUCCUCAUUUUCCAUACUCUCUCGGCUUCAAACAUUGUGGCAUAACUCCGCUGAUCCUACGAAACUGAGGCUCAAAUUUUCAGCGAUUGAUUUUAGUUCUUUAUAAACUAUUUUCGCCAAAUUUGAAGCAAAUCCGAACCUUCUACUUUUCAGUAUUGACCUUAUAUUACUUUAGGUUCAUCAGGAAAAUUUCCGUUUGUUUGGCUGCGAGAUGUCUGCUUGGAUCCCAAAAACUACUCGAUUGGGCCGGCCAUGAGGGCCAGGAUCCCCAUGAUGAAGGAUUUUGAUGUUACAGUAUCCCCUUGUAGUCAUUCUGUCAAAUCUUCUGGGCUUGGCAUCACCUGGAGUGACGGGCAUCAAAGUUUUUACCCAACAAGUUGGCUCAAAUCCCGGAAUUUGAGCGAUUCCAAGGUUCUGAGCUCACGGAAAUCUCAGUAUUUGAAGGAUACUGUAGUUUGGAAUGAAAAUUUAAUCAAGAAAUUGCCGGUAAAAGUGGAUCACAAUGAGUUUAUAAGCGAAGAAUCGGGAGUGAAAAAAUUUCUCGACGCUGUCUGUCGAGAUGGCAUUGGAAUGUUGGUGAAUGGACCUCAACUUGACGUGGAAGAACACCAGAAUGUCGUGCAAAAGAUUGGAGAUCGAAUCGGGUUGAUUCAUCAGACGCAUUUCGGGUAAGUUGAAUAUGUUUAUGAAAAGUAAUUUUGCUGAAAUUUUCAAUAUUCAAUUUAUGAUCCUUCGAGAGCAUUCAGACCAAAUUUGACGGAAUUCUAAGAGCUGGGGUCUGAGCAGUUGGCCUCUAUAUUACUUUAGGUUGAUCAAACAAAUAUCGGCGAAUAUCUCAGGCAAUUUUUGAAAGCGUGAGCUAAAAAUUUUGGAAAUUGAUUAAUGGCCUAAUGAGAUUCUGCAUGCUAAAUUAAAAGUCAAAACGCGUAGACAUUUUAUACGACCAAACAUGUUUCAUCGUAUAACAUGUCGCAAUGCUGACAAAAUACUUACCUUGAACAUACCUGAGUAAAUAUAUAGCCCACCUAGAGUGAUUUUGAAAAUUCUAAAGCAAGCGGAGGCAUUUUAUACGACCAAACAUGUUUCAUCGUAUAACAUGUCAAAAUGCUGACAAAAUGUUGAUAUUUUCCAAAAGUAACUAAUAUCUGGCCCAUCUGGAGUGCUUUUGCAAAUCCUGAAGUCAUUAUAGACAUUUUAUACGACCAAACAUGUUUCAUCGUAUAACAUGUCGCAAUGCUGACAAAAUGUUGAUAUUUUCCAAAAGUAACUAAUAUCUGGCCCAUCUGGAGUGCUUUUGCAAAUCCUGAAGUCAUUAUAGACAUUUUAUACGACCAAACAUGUUUCAUCGUAUAACAUGUCGCAAUGCUGACAAAAUGUUGAUAUUUUCCAAAAGUAACUAAUAUCUGGCCCAUCUGGAGUGCUUUUGCAAAUCCUGAAGUCAUUAUAGACAUUUUAUACGACCAAACAUGUUUCAUCGUAUAACAUGUCGCAAUGCUGAUAAAAUUUUGUAUUUUGCAAAAGUAGCUAAUAUUUGGCCUAUCCAGAGUGCUGUAUGCUUGAUUUGAAGCAAAAGCGACGGUUAAAUUUCAAGAAAAUUUUUGUUUUUUACCCAUAGCAAAGGUAAUAUGUAGAUAUACCUUCAAAUUGCAGUGAAAUCUUCUCCGUCUGCACCAAGCCGGAUGCUAGCAACAUGGCCUACGCCAGUGGGAAGGAGCUCCCGUAUCACACCGACUUCCCCUCUCUCUCCGAUCCCCCACAACUUCAAUUCCUCCACAUGACGCAGCCGGCCAAAGUGGGUGGAAAAAGUAUGUUCGUCGAUGGAUUCCAAGUGGCCGAGAUUCUCCGAAAACACCACAAAUGGGCCUUUGAGACGUUGUCGAAGACCUAUUUGGAGUUCAUCGAGAUUGGCUACGACAUGCAUGAGAAAAAUGGGAAAGAGAAAAAAUUCGAUUUCCGAAUGAUGUCGCAGCAAAAAACGAUCAGUUUGAGGGGCGAUGGGACCCUGAAAAAGGUCCAAUUCGGGAAUGCGAUGAGAAGUUGGGCCUUCGCAACGGAUCCAGAGGAAAUUCAGCUGGUUUAUGAUGCGCUAAAACUAUUUACGGACUUGUGUUAUCGACCGGAAAAUCAACUGGUUUUUGAGAUGAAAAAAGGUGAGUCAACAAAUUUUUAAAGUUAUCAGUCUGUCGGAAAAAUAACGGCGGAUCGUCGCAUCAAAAUGUCUCGCCUCGCCGCUAUCGCGCACCAAAUCCCAAGUCGCGGCUUGCAGUCGCAAAGCGAUGAUGAGCGACUCCGAGGCGCGACGAUCCGCCGUUAUUUUCCCGACAGACCGAUAAAAAAACGUAUUUUACAAUUCCAUUUUGACGAAAAUUUCCCAUGCAUGACCUCAAACCUUCGUAUUUUACCGUAAUUUCGCGAAAUUUUGGAAAGUUUGGGUUGCACGGUGCGCUAGGAUUUUUGGGCACUUUGCACUGUGCAAAAAAUUCUGGAUUUUUUAUUUGCACUGUGCGCAAAAAAUCGCCUUUUUGCACUGUGCAAAAAACGUGUCGCUUAUUUUGCACCGUGCGAAAAUCCGAAAAGUCCCGUCUGCACUGUGCAAUCAAAAAAGUGGGAAGACUUGCACUGUGCAAGAACAAAAUUUGUCGCUUGUCUCGCACUGUGCGAAAAUCUGAAAAGUCCGACUUGCACUGUGCAAAAACAAAGUUUGUCGCUCAUUUCGCACUGCGCGAUAAUCCCCAAUCUUCAACCCGCAGAGUGCAGUGGAACAAAAAAAGAAAGAAAAAUCGUGCUGCACUGUACAAAAAAAUUUGUCGCUCAUUUCGCACUGUGCAAAAAUCUGAAACAUCCGACCUGCACUGUGCAAUGGAAAAAAAUUUAAAAAAUCGUCCCGCACUGUGCAAAAAUUUGUCGCUCAUUUCGCACUGUGCGUGAAUCUCAAAUCUUUGACCUGCACUGUGCAGUGGGACAAAAAAAUAGUCUUGCACGGUGCAAAGCUUGUCGCUUAUGUUGCACUGUGCAAAAAAAAUGUGUCGCUCAUUUCGCACUGUGCGACAAUUCCAAAUCCCCAAUCUGCACUGUGCAGUGGAAGCAAAAAUUGGAAAAAUCAUUCUGCACUGUGCAAAAAAAUUUGUCGCUAAUUUCGCACCGUGCAAAAGAAAAAUUUGUCGCUGAUUUCGCACCGUGCAAAAGAAAAAUUUGUCGCUUAUUUCGCACUGUGCGACAAUCCCAAAUCUUUGAUCUGCACUGUGCAGUAAAAGAAAAACUUAUAAAAACCCUGUUGCACUGUGCAAAAACCCUAAAUUUCAGGAGAAUCGGUUCUAUGGGCCAACACGCGCCUUCUUCACGCCCGUUCGGCCUACGACUGUGAUCCGGGCGUGCCUCGCGUCCUCCAUGGCUGUUAUUUCUCCUGGGACAUUGUCAAAUCGCGACUUCGACUGGCCAAUUCACGGGUUUCUCAAGACAAUGACGUCAUUUAA